CGACCGCGACUCAGUCUCCGCAGAGCCCGGGCGGGAGUAGCUGGUGGACCCCGUUGAGCCGCCAAACUUCCGGGACUCCCGCGCGACCCCUUCCCAGCUUCCCGUCCGCUCCGCCGCAGCGAUUGUCUCGGUGGGUUGAUUCGGCACAAACCGCCCGACCCAGGGGCCGGUGCGCGUGUGGAAGGGGAAGCACUCCCCUCGUGGUCGCCUGGAGGUGCGCUGGAGGAGGGGGUGACAUAACCAGGGACUCGAGGUCCGCCGUGGGAAUGAUCCACGAACUGCUCUUGGCUCUGAGCGGGUACCCUGGGUCCAUUUUCACCUGGAACAAGCGGAGUGGCCUGCAGGUAUCGCAGGACUUCCCUUUCCUCCACCCCAGUGAGACCAGUGUCCUGAAUCGACUCUGCCGGCUCGGCACAGACUAUAUUCGCUUCACUGAGUUCAUUGAACAGUACACGGGCCAUGUGCAACAGCAGGAUCACCAUCCAUCUCAACAGGGCCAAGGUGGGUUACAUGGAAUCUACCUGCGGGCCUUCUGCACAGGGCUGGAUUCUGUUUUGCAGCCUUAUCGCCAAGCACUGCUUGAUUUGGAACAAGAGUUCCUGGGUGAUCCCCAUCUCUCCAUAUCACAUGUCAACUACUUCCUAGACCAGUUCCAGCUUCUUUUUCCCUCUGUGAUGGUUGUAGUAGAACAAAUUAAAAGUCAAAAGAUUCAUGGUUGUCAAAUCCUGGAAACAGUCUACAAACACAGCUGUGGGGGGUUGCCUCCUGUUCGAAGUGCACUGGAAAAAAUCCUGGCCGUUUGUCAUGGGGUCAUGUAUAAACAGCUCUCAGCCUGGAUGCUCCAUGGACUCCUCUUGGACCAGCAUGAAGAAUUCUUUAUCAAACAGGGGCCAUCUUCUGGUAAUGUCAGUGCCCAGCCAGAAGAGGACGAGGAGGAUCUGGGCAUUGGGGGACUGACAGGAAAACAACUGAGAGAACUCCAGGACUUGCGCCUGAUUGAGGAAGAGAACAUGCUGGCACCAUCUCUGAAGCAGUUUUCCCUACGAGUGGAGAUUUUGCCAUCCUACAUUCCAGUGAGGGUUGCUGAAAAAAUCCUAUUUGUUGGAGAAUCUGUCCAGAUGUUUGAGAAUCAAAAUGUGAACCUGACUAGAAAAGGAUCCAUUUUGAAAAACCAGGAAGACACUUUUGCUGCAGAGCUGCACCGUCUCAAGCAGCAGCCACUCUUCAGCUUGGUGGACUUUGAACAGGUGGUGGAUCGCAUUCGCAGCACUGUGGCUGAGCAUCUCUGGAAGUUGAUGGUAGAAGAAUCCGAUUUACUGGGUCAGCUGAAGAUCAUUAAAGACUUUUACCUUCUGGGACGUGGAGAACUGUUUCAGGCCUUCAUUGACACAGCUCAACACAUGUUGAAAACACCACCCACUGCAGUAACUGAGCAUGAUGUGAAUGUGGCCUUUCAACAGUCAGCACACAAGGUAUUGCUAGAUGAUGACAACCUUCUCCCUCUGUUGCACUUGACAAUCGAGUAUCACGGAAAGGAGCACAAAGCAGAUGCUACUCAGGCAAGAGAAGGGCCUUCUCGGGAAACUUCUCCCCGGGAAGCCCCUGCAUCUGGCUGGGCAGCCCUAGGUCUUUCCUACAAAGUACAGUGGCCACUACAUAUUCUCUUCACCCCAGCUGUCCUGGAAAAGUACAAUGUUGUUUUUAAGUACUUACUGAGUGUGCGCCGGGUGCAAGCUGAGCUGCAGCACUGCUGGGCCCUACAAAUGCAGCGCAAGCACCUCAAGUCGAACCAGACUGAUGCAAUCAAGUGGCGCCUAAGAAAUCACAUGGCAUUUUUGGUGGAUAAUCUUCAGUACUAUCUCCAGGUAGAUGUGUUGGAGUCUCAGUUCUCCCAGCUGCUUCAUCAGAUCAAUUCUACCCGAGACUUUGAAAGCAUCCGAUUGGCUCAUGACCACUUCCUGAGCAAUUUGCUGGCUCAAUCCUUUAUCCUAUUGAAACCUGUGUUUCACUGCCUGAAUGAAAUCCUAGAUCUCUGUCACAGUUUUUGUUCGCUGGUCAGUCAGAACCUAGGCCCACUGGAUGAGCGUGGAGCCGCCCAGCUGAGCAUUCUCGUGAAGGGCUUUAGCCGCCAGUCUUCACUCCUGUUCAAGAUUCUCUCCAGUGUUCGGAAUCAUCAGAUCAACUCAGAUUUGGCUCAACUACUGUUACGACUAGAUUAUAACAAAUACUAUACCCAGGCUGGUGGAACUCUGGGCAGUUUCGGGAUGUGAAAAUUUCUGGCUCAUAAAUUGAAAUAACAGCCACGUUCCCAAGGUUGUAACAGAAGAUUCAAAACAUCCCAUUCUAGCCACACACAAAUAUCUGCGGCUUAGUGAUAGGACUCUACCUUUUCUCCUAGAAGCAGUUACUGAACAUCCAGGAGUACAGCUCCUUCCCAUCAUUCCCAUGUGGAAGGGUCUGUCCCAUCAAGGAGAACAUGUGGCAUCUCUGAUCCUUUACAUUGAGAACAUUUGUUGGAUAUGUUCAUUUAUUCAAUAGUCAUUUAUUGAGCACCUACUACGUACCUUGGUACUGUUCAAGCUGUGGGAGAUACAGCGGUAAACAAACAAUAUAGAGCAGAAAGUUAAAUAUUUUAUGGUUCAUAUGUGAAAAAGUAAUUAAAUAGACUAACUGCUGGACGUUACCACCAAGUAAGAAAGCAACAGGUAAGAUAGGCUUUCUCUCUCCCUAUACCAAGUAAUUUAUACCUACACAGAUUGGGCAAUUCUAGCUAAUGAAAAUAUACUUAAAAGUAUUUCUUAGGCCGGGCAUGGUGGCUUACACCUGUAAUCCCAGCACUUUGGGAGGCCGAGGCGGGCGGAUCACCUGAAGUCAGGAGUUUGAGACUAGCCUGACCAACAUGAUGAAACCCCGACUCUACUAAAAAUACAAAAAUUAGCCAGGUGUGGUGGCAUGUGCCUGUAAUCCCAGCUACUCAGGAGGCUGAGACAGGAGAAUUGCUUGAACCUGGGAAGCAGACGUUGCAGUGAGCUGAGAUUGUGCCAUUGCAUUCCAGCCUGGGCAACAAGAGCGAAAUUCCGUCUCAAAAAAAAAAAAAGUAUUAUUCUCCAAGAAAAAGGUCCUUAAGAAAAAACUGAUAUCAAGUUGUUAGAUUUUUAAAUACUGAAGAUUGCAGGCCCAAUUACCCAUCUUACACAAACCAUAGGGGUUGAAGUUAUCUUAAUAUGGCCCAGCCAUCACUGGUAAUCAAUAUUCAUAUCAGUGUAAGUAAAAAGAAAUAUUCACUGAACAACGCCCUCCAAACUGAAAAAGAAUGCAGUGUUCUGGCAUCAGGUUAUAGUCACUGCAUCUGGUUUUCAUCACUACAUCUUCUACACACACUGGGAAGCUCUGACAACCUUAUUCCCUGCUAUUAUCAACUAAAGAUCACCCUUUCCACUGCUGUCUCUGGAGCAGGAGCUGGCAAACUAUGGCCUGCUGUCUGUUUCUGUACAGUUUUACUGAAACACAGCCAUGCCCAUUUGUUUACUCAUUGUCUAUGGUUGCUUUCAUGCCCUCACAGCAAAGGCGAGUAGUUGUGAUGGAUCAAAUGGCCCACAAAGCCUGAAAUAUUUACUCUUUGACCCUUUACAGAAAAAAACCUUGUUGACCCCUGCUUUGAGAAGCCAUGCAGGGAUCAGUGAUGCCAGAGGAAGGGAAGGAACUGCUUCCAGCCAUUGUGACAAUAAUAAUAAUAAUAUUGGGUCUUUGACUAGAACGUGUAACAUUUCCAGGUGUUCUCACUUGUGCUUCCCAUGUUUAUCUUAAGGAAGGUCAUUCCAUCAAGCUUAUGGUCACUGUCCCUUCAUGGCAGUUGGUCCUUUCGUUCUCCCUUUAGCUCUAAGAGUUGGGGAGUACCCACAGGUGAGCUGUGAUCUCAGCUCAGAGAGAGAGCAUGAGGUCUUUUUUAACUGUCAGGAAACAGAGCUGUGCCCAAUUCCACUCAACUUUUGGCACAACUGUUAAUCUGGGCCUUCACCUACCUUAAACUGAGUUUCUGCAAGCAUAGCAUUUUAGACACCCUGGAAUAACCUUUUGGGAAUGAUGCCACAGAAUAAAGUUCACUCUUAACUUUUCAA